UUUUUUCUUAAAGAUGAGAAAAUAAAUUGUUUUGCUUUCUACCAAUUUUUAUCUCUUCAGUUCAACUUUCUGUUUUGUUUUAUUAAUCUGGUUGUAGAUUACUUUUGAUGAUUAUAUUAUUUGAUCGGCAGAGCGUGUAUUUAAGUAUACAUAUGUAUGUGCAUAUUCAGACAUACAUACAUAAAUUCAUUUUGAUAUUUCAAAAAAUUUGAUAUAAAGACAAUAACUUUAUUCCCAAUUAAGAAUAAAAAAUAUGGAAAUGAUUAUUUACAUUUGAUGUUAGAUGAACUAAAAGAAUAAUAAUUCAAAGAAGUGAAAUUAAUGGCAUUAUUUUAGGUACUAUCACAAUUUACUUUAAUUUUUUGACCUUUAUGACUAUAUUAUGCAAUAACCGCACAGUCGAUGCAGUAAUUAAAAUUAAUUAUUCAGAUAAGAAUGAAUCGAACUUCAGAUAAGAUUAAAUGAAUUGGCCAAAUGUAUAAUUCUAAACCAAUAAAACAACAAUUCGAAUUCUGAAAUUUAACAAUAUGUGCUUGAUCAAGUAAAAGUAAACGUAAAACUUCGCUUACAUACUGUUAAUUGUACUGUUGUAUAAUAUAUUAUAUUGUGAAUGUAUAACGAAUUUAGAUGAAACUAAAAUAGGUGAAAGCGACUGUAAAAAGUAAUCCAAAUAAGAAAUAAAAUUCUAUGGUAUCAAAAUAUAAAAGAGAAAUCGAUGCAGAUAGUAAAAAAUAAUUACAAUCAUGAAAACCGAAGCAACAAGUGAAAUUAAAGAAGCAUACAAAAAUAGUAAUAGUGAAAUGUACCUUAAAAAUUUAUUGGAAAAUGGUGAAAAAGAAUAUCCUUGUGAAGAUGAAAUGCAGUUACCGGAGUGGCACGAUGAAAAAAUUACAUUGAAGGGCCAAUCAUAUUUAAAUAAAUAUCGUUUAAUUAUAUUUAAUGGAAUGUUAUCCGGGUUAAUUGCAGUUAUGGCUAUACCUUCCAUUUUAAAAAUUCUAAUAGCAACAAAGCAAUCUAGCACACCGGCAAUGUCUUAUCGGCGCUAUGUUAGAACUAUUUUACAUACUAUUUCAUUUUUUCGGUAUCCUUUAAAACCUGGAACUAAAUCAUGGGAAAGCCUUGAAAUGGUUAGAAAAGCGCAUUUUAAAUCAAGUCAUAUAGCAGAUAAGCAAAAUUGUGGAAAAAUUACUCAAAAAGAUUUGGCAUUAACACAAUUUGGAUUUAUGGCAUUUUAUUGUUUAGAAGCUGAUUCAAUUGGUUUGGCUGAUGAAGAAUUUAAAAGCAGUACAAUACAUUUAUGGAGAUUGAUUGGUUAUUUGCUUGGAAUUAAAGAUGAGUAUAAUAUUUGUACAAGUUCGUGGGAUACUACAAAAGAGCGUCUUGAUUUAAUUAUGAGAAAUGUUUAUAAACCAGCUUUAGAGAAUACAAGUGAAGAGUUUAAUGAGAUGACUAAAACUUUGAUUGAUGGUUUAUGGCCUUUGUAUCAUAUGCUUAAUUGGGAAACUUCAUUAUAUUUUACUAAACAUUCUGCGAAAUGCGCCAAUUAUGAAUAUUAUGAAACUGAUGAUUUUGGCGGAGAAGAAAAAUUUAAAGAGUUUUAUAAACUUGGAUGGUAUAACCGGUUCAAAAUAUCCUCUGGAAUAUUUCUCGCUGAAAAACUGUACAAAAUUAAAUUGUUUCGCAUUUUCUUUAAUUUUAGAUUGUGGACUUAUGAGAUUUGGUCAUAUUACUUCCCUUAUUUUCCCAUUUAUAAAUUUGGUUUAAAAUGGGCCUAUGUUAGAAUAUAUAACAAUAACGAAGAAUCCAUGAAUUUACAUAUGGACUGAUUCAAUUUUCUUUUUAUAAAGUGAAAUAGAGCAAUAAAGUGAUAUUAAAUAGAGUAUAAGUUCCAAAUUAAAGAUUUUUGCAAUAGUUAUUAACUUAUUAAUAUAUUACACAUAUUUUAUAACUAAUAUAUAAAGUAAUAUUUUUGAAAUUGAGUUAUUUUACUUAUUAGGUAUAUUGUAACUUAUUUGAAAAGGCAUUCCAGUGGAUACCUUGAUUUAA